UUUUCCAUAUAUAGUUUUUUCGUGAAGUAAAAAUGGCGACUAUUCAACAAAAUAAUUGGUGAUCAUUGUUUUUGCCCGCAUUUACUAAUUAGUUUUACCAAGAAAAGUGAAGUAAUAAGUUUACGAUUCCAAUAAAAAUAGACGCAUUGAAAAACAUAUAAAAGUGAGAAAAAAAUUCAGACAUCGUUUUGAUUUGAUCAAAAUAAUUAGAUAGUUAAGUGAACAUAAUUGUAUCAAGGGAUAUGUGGAAUCAAUGGGCUGGACUCGCGGCUGGUGCUCCAAUUCCGCCAAUACCGGCACCACAAUGCCCGCCACCUCAACCUCCACCACCUUCCGUUGCUCCGCCACCUCCAACAACAGCACCUCCUCCGGCUCCAACGGAACCAACAACUGGGAACGCAGCACCAAUUAUAGGACCAAUGUUACCUAGUAGUGCGUCUACCACAAGCGCUACUGUGCAAGCAUCAACUCCAAGUGGACCUUAUGGGCAGUAUACUGAAGCUCAGUAUGCCGCUUUAACCCCAGAACAACAAUAUGCUUUACAACAACACUGGCAGCAAUGGCAAGCUUAUCAACAAGAAUACGCAAAGUGGCACGCCCAGUACGGCGAACAGUAUAAAAGGGAAAUGGCCGCUGCAUCUUCAACAGGACAAAGUACGAAUUUUAAUAACUACUACCAACAGGUUCAACCCCAAACAUCAGUUCAAGCACAGCCUCUGCAGAUACAGUCGAUACAACAGCCGCCACCUCCGCCUCCCUCUGAUGGACAAGAAAAAAACGUUAAAAUUUCUGGAACACCUCAAAUCUACACGCAACCACCGCCUGCGCCAAUUCAGUCGCAUUCGGCUCAGAGCCAAGUUUUACCUCUUAACCAAGGUUCUACCCCAAUACAUCAACCUCCUCCAGUGGGGCAAUUCCCAAAUAUGAAUUAUCCUCAAUGGGCAGCUUCAUAUCAGCAACCGCAACAACAAUUCAAUUAUAAUCAACCACCUCCAAGCUUUAAUCAGCAACCUCCUAACUUUGGUCAAAUUCCCAAUUUUCAACAACCGCCUCCAAUGGUAGCAAAGCCACAACAGAAUUCUCAACCUCAACCAAUGUCUAAUAUGCCACAAGUUACGCAGAAACAACAUCUUAGUAUGCCAACUUUUGGAAAUCCCAAUAGUAACUCGAACCAACUCGGUGGCGGUAGUAACUACAAUAAUAAUGUACAUCAAUCGUCUACUGAUCGAAAUGAUUUUCGUGGUCAAGGUGGAAACUCAUGGAUAUCUAAUUCCAAUCAGCAAGGUAAUGAAAUUAAGCAAAACCAAGAUGAACCCAAAAGUCAAUGGAAUCAAAAUAAAAACAACUUUGAUACAAAUUUUGGUAGUACUCGGUCAGGAAACCAGUUCAUCUCUCAAGAAAGAGGUCAAAAUAACUGGAAUGCAAGAAAUGAAGAUCGAAAUAAUUUAAAUGAAUAUGAGUUUACAAAUGUUAAUAAAAUGAAUGCUUCAUUUGAGAACCGAAACAGUCGAGAUGGAUUCGAUACCAUAAAUAAAAAUGCAAAUAAUCGUUGGAACAGUGAAAAGGAUAAUAUAAGUGGAAAUAAUAACGAAGAUCUCAUGGAAAAUGUUCCCCAGACUCGUCAAGAGAUUCAAGGAUCUACUCAAUGGAAUGCUAAUCGUAAUCAAACUUCCAGUGGGCAUAAUUUCCAAGAAUUAUUCAAUAAUAAUAACCGUAGAAAUAAUGAUAAUUUUAGUAAUCAACGGUAUCAGUAUGAAAAUAAUGAUCAGAGUGGAAAUCGUCAGGGUAAUAGAGGUGAACAAUUUGGUAACAAUGAUAGAAAUCAAAGAAAUUAUUCAAACAACAACUUUUACCAUAAUGAAUACAACGAUGGAAACGAAAGAAAUUUUGGUGGAAAUAACAUGAUGCAAAGUCGAAAUAAUAACAUGAAUCAAAGAUUUGGUCCAAAUGGGCGGAAUUUUGGUGGUAAUUUCAAACAACGGCCUGGAGAUAAUGGUCCAUUUUAUGGGCAAAGGUAUGAUAAUAAUGGUAGAAAUAAUGAUUCGAAUAAUACUUUCAUUGAAAACACCGAAGAUAAUUUUGCCCAGGAUAAAAAUUCUAAUGUAAGAUCUAAUUCAAACGACCGCAACUUAUCAAAUAGAAGCAAUUUCAACAGUUUCUCAGAUAGGAACGAAUCCAACAUUAGUCCACGUAAUAGCAUUAAUAUGGGACCAGACAACAUCAAUAAAAAUAUUGGUCCGAACAAUCCUUUUUCGUCGAGAUCUCGUUCAAAUGAUCGAAAUCUCGGACAAGGAGACAAUGGAGAUAGCUUUGGAAUGAACAACAAUUUCAAUUCUUCAAAUCGUCUAAAUAGUCGCAAUAACCGCUCAAAUGACAGCUUUAAUCAUAUAUCCGCUUCAAAUGAAAAAAGUUUUGGUCCAAAUAAUUAUAAUAGACGAUCAAAUUCAAACGAACGAAACUUUGGGCAGAACAAUAUGAAUCGAAGAUCAAAUUCAAAUGAUCGAAAUUUCGGCUCAAAUAGUAAUUUCAAUAGAAACCAAAACCCUGAAGAUAAUUUCCAAAAUGAGCAAAAUAGUCAGAAUCAGAGCAAUUGUGAUUCAGAAGCAGAUCAUUUGACAACUGAGCAAAAACAACCACGGCCUGAUUUGGACGAAAAGAGCUUUGAUCUUCAAUUCCAACGUUGGGAAGAACAAUUCGAGCAAUGGAAGCUUGCGAAUGCUAAUCAUCCCGACCGUGAAAUGUAUCGCCGUUAUGAGCAGGAGUUCGAAAAGCAACGUCAAAGAAUAAUGGAACGACGUGAGCAAAUGCGGUUAAGGAAAUUACAAAUUGACAAAAAGCCUGAUACAGGUGAUAAGCGAGCUCAAGAUGGUAAUGACGGGUUGACAAAUGAACGGAAUGCGGAAUGCAAAGCUGAUGAGAGCCCUAAACACGAAGAAGGAGGCGUUGGUAAUGAUCAGAAUAAAGAAGAUGAAGAAGAAGAAGAAAAAGAAGAAGAAAAUUCAAACCAACCUAUUUCGGGUAAUGAGGAAAUAAGCGAUGAACAGGAAAAUCUUGAAACCGAACAAUUAAGCGAGGAAAAGCCAUCAGAACCAGUUGAAAAAAGCGCGACAACGAGUGGUUCUACUGGUAUCUUAGGUAAGCGAAAGAGUCGCUUCAGUGCACCCAUAGAAAGUCCUAAGACGCCUAAACUAACAAAUGAUUGUGUAACCGAAAUUAUCUCCCUUGUGGAAGAGGAAGAAAAUAACACUGCCGAUUCUUCUGGAGCUAUUUGUAAUUUAUUUGGCAAAUCGGAGGGAAUUCCUGGAUUGGAUUUGGUAGAAGGUGAUGAUGGUGCUGUCAGUAGUAACGAAGACAAGAACUCACUAAGAAUCGCAGAGGAAAGCACUGAAAAUGUGCCGACUGAAGAAAAUUCUGAACGAGACCAACCAGAAAAACCAAAGGUUAUUAAAAAAAUACCUUCGCUAUUUGAUGUGGUAGUAGAAAAGCCGACAGAUUUUAUCGCGCCUGCAUCUAUUGGCGAUGAUGACGAAGAUAAUAAUGAUGGCGGCAAAGAUUUUCAUAGAGAAAUUCGACGAGAUGAACAGCAAAUACAUCCUCAUAUUUCUAAUGCCAUUCCUAAUUUGGGCGAUGCUCUAAGAGACCCUAUUUUUAUGCAGAAAAUUUCUCAGGCCUUGGCUAAAGCUCAGGGCAGGGAAAGUGCAGAUCCGAGCUGUGCUCCGCCUCCACAGUUUCUUCAGCAGUUGCCUAUGUUGCUGCAGCAAUUACAACAAAACAAGUCUAACACAAAUAAUCCCGUAGGAAACGGCUCAAACUUUGGAUCAAAUUAUGGGGGAAAUGGGCGCAAUUUUCGUGGAGACGGUCCAAACUUCGGUGCAAACAACCAGAAUUUUGGCGGAAACGGUCCCCAGUUUGGGGGUCCAAAUUUUAGUGGUAACCGGCUGAACUUUGGUGGCAAUGGUCCAAACUUUAAUGAUCGUGGUCCGAAUUUCGGAGGAAUGGGAGGUAAUUUUGAUUUUGAAGGGGGCAAUUGUGGAAAUGGUCCGAAUAGACCCAAUUACAAUAGAAAUGGACCCAAUUUCAAUAGAUUUGGUCAAGGCGGAUCAAAUUUAGUCGGUGGUAAUGGACCGAAUUUCCGAGAUAACGGCCCAAAUUUCGGUGGUGGCUAUGGGCCGAACUUCCGAGAUGAUGGCCAAAACUUCGGCGGUGGUAAUGGAACGAAUUUCCGAGGUGAUAGCCCUAAUUUCAGAGGUGGCAAUGGUCCAAAUUAUGGUGGCGGUGGUGGCAAUAACUCGAAAUUUGGUAGGAGUGCACCGAAUGAUGACCGCCGCAAUUUCGGUAGAAAUAAUAAGGACAUGGAUGAACGCAGAAACCAGAAUUCAUCCCGUCGUGGCGGUGGUUCUGAUGACAAAGGCAGACAAAGCGAAGAAGCUACAGAAAGGGAAACCUCAUGGGUUGACGGCCCAGGAAACAAGCAUGGUUACGGAGAUGACUACUUUCGACCUGUACAAGUAAUUGAUUACCAAAAUACUGCCGUACCAAAACCGAAAGUAAUAGAUUACGGUCAUAAGGGAACUAGUACCACUACUGACUCUGGUGCUGCUUCUGCUUCUGGUGCCCUAUCGAACACCUUCAAUAGGAAUAUGCCCAAUUUUUCGGAUGAAUUCAAACCAGUCAAAACUUUUGAAUAUGGACAUGCGUCCAAUCCAACAGCUACAAAAUUUGGCAACAUGAAUGUCAAUCCUACAAAAAAGAAUAAGAAAAAGAAGAAGAAGAAUCAAUCAAAUCGUGUUGGAUCACAAAAUGAAAAUAUACAAGCGUCUAGUAUGCCCACUAUUCCAGGGCAGCAUCGAGAACAAAGUGAAACAGAGAACAAGAGUGAACGCGAGAAUGCAGAAAAGUCAACUGUAAAUUCAACUGAAACAAUCAGUACUAAUGUGAGUGCACCAAUUGGAGCUAAUGAAGAGCUUGAAGAAAUAUCUGACAAUGAAGA